CUACAUAAAGGCAUGGACCCACACUUUACCCAAAGUGCCCUUCCGGUUCGGUUCAUCUUUCUCAAACUUAGCUUGAAAGAUUGGAACUCGUUUUCUAAUUCCUGCACAACUCCAUCAUUACCGGAGAAUCCAUUUCGCCGAUCUCCGAUCAAGAGAUCUCAGAUCUAAGCACAAGUGGAAUCACUUAUCUGUAGGACGCUGGGCGCAAUUUAUUCCUCCAUUUUAUUGGAUUUCUGUAUAGAAAACGUUAAUGGCGAGCAGAAAUAGAACGCUUGUGUUUAGGAAGUAUAGAGAUGCGUUGAGAAGUGUUCGGAUCCCGGCGGGCUCUUCGACGUCCACGUCAUCCGGACAUGGUAGUGGGCCGGUGAUCGAAUUGGCAACGACUUCUUUGCUUAAUCCUAAUCGAUCUUAUGCUCCUCUCAGUACGGAAGACCCCGGAACCUCCAGUAAUGGACCAGUUACAGUAGGUCUACCGCCAGCUUGGGUGGACUUGUCAGAUGAAAUCACGGCUAAUGUUCAUCGGGUCCGGACAAAGAUGUCUGAACUAGCCAAAGCUCAUGCUAAGGCUUUAAUGCCAUCAUUUGGAGAUGGUAAGGAAGAUCAACGUCGUAUUGAGGCUCUUACCCAUGAAAUAACUGAUCUUCUCAAAAGAUCAGAAAAGAAAUUACAAAGACUUUCUGCAGCUGGGCUUUCCGAGGAUUCAAAUGUCAGGAAAAAUGUACAGCGCUCUCUUGCUACAGAUCUUCAAAGCCUAUCAAUGGAGCUUCGCAGAAAACAGUCUACUUAUUUGAAGAGGCUUCAGCAGCAGAAAGAGGGUCCAGAUGGAGUUGACUUGGAGAUGAACUUAAAUGGGAGCCAUUCUAGAAGGGAUGACGAUGAUUUGGAUGACUUGGGAUUUAAUGAGCAUCAGAUGGCCAAGCUAAAGAAAAGUGAGGCAUUCACUGUUGAAAGAGAGAGAGAAAUACAGCAGGUGGUUGAAUCAGUGAACGACCUUGCCCAAAUUAUGAAAGAUCUAUCAGUUCUGGUGAUAGACCAGGGUACUAUCGUCGAUAGGAUAGACCACAAUAUUCAAAAUGUUGCAUCAACAGUUGAGGACGGCCUUAAACAACUAAAGAAGGCUGAACGAAGUCAGAAGCGAGGUGGAAUGGUCAUGUGUGCAACAGUUCUAGUUAUCAUGUGCUUUAUAAUGCUAGUCCUAUUAAUUUUGAAGGAGAUAAUAUUCUGAUUUCUGAAAGUAUUAUCUAUAAACUUUGCAUAGUAUUGUUUCUCACAACGCUACAUGGUGAAGCAAGCCAACACAUGUGCGAGAAGUGGAGGAAUCCAAUGAGCUAGCUCCAUAUCAUUUUUCUGCUACUACAUUUUAUUGUAUCUGUAUUGUUAGUGAGGACUGCGGAGGGUUUGUAUUAUAGUCAGAGGAAGUUGAUAGAUCUCCAGGGAUCCUGUAUAGAGCAUCGACUGUUAUACACCGAUGCUAUUGGUAGAGAUCAUAAUACAUAUUCUUUAUCCCUGGAGAAUUUUGUAGUUUCGCUGACUUCACAUUAUAUGCAUGAGGAGGAUACAACGUAUUCUGUAUUUGUGGCCCUUCAUUUUUAAUUGAGAUGCUACAGAUGAUUUUACACUUUCAA